AUGAGAAUAGAUGAAGAAAAAAUAGCUCAAUUAGAAAAAAAAAGCAUUUCUCUUGAUAACAAAAUAGAAGAACUGUAUAAGAAAAAAGAAGAUACUUCAACAUUAACGUUUAAAGUUGAAAAAAUUGAUGAAAAUAUUAAAACUGAAUGUAGUAAAGCUCCAAUUCCUGUAAUAAUUCAUAAUUUUAGAGGAUAUGACUCACAUUUAAUUUGCCAAUCAGUAGCUAAAUCAGCUGGUGUGCAUCAAAUUUGUGUUAUUGCAGAAACUUUUGGACAAUACAAAACAAUGAAAGUAGGCCAAAUAAAAUAUAUGGAUUCAUACCAAUUUAUGAAUUCUAGUUUAUCAAGUCUUGCCAAUAACUUAGGCGCAAUAAAAUUAAAACAUUAUAAAAAUUAUACAAAAGAACAAAUUGCAAUGGUUUGUCAAAAGGGGAUUUAUCCUUAUGAAUAUAUUGAUUCUCUUGAAAGAUUUUUAAAAACUGAGCUUCCUCCUAUUGAAAAAUUUAAUACACAUUUUCCUAUAGCCACUCAUGAUAAACUUAAGGAUUUACCACCAGUGAUUGAAAAUAUUCCAGUAAAACACAAUUGGCUUAAUUCUUUUAUAUUUAUGACUGAAACUGAGGAUAUUUAUAAGGAUAUGGCAGAAAGGCCAGAUUUAUUUGAUCUUAAUAAUUCUAAAGUUAUUGGAUUAUUCAAAGAUGAAUUUCCUAAUAAUGUAAUUGCAAAAUCAUACCAAAUUCGCUCUAAACUUUACCAUUAUGUAUUGGCUGAUAAAACCACAAAAUCAAAACACAAAGGUGUGGUAUGA